GAGAGGAUAGAGGGACUUUCAUAAUUCUCCACACCAGAUUCGUUUCUCUACUCAUUCUUUCUUUUGAUUAAUAAUCAUAGCCACCCACCCACCCAACGCCCCCUCACCCCCUACAAAGUCUCCCUUCUUAUGCACCUCAUUUCUUGCAAGACCUAUUCUUCUCCCCCAUUUCUUUCUUCUACCAUUAUAUAUCCCCCCCUCCUCCUUCUCCUUCUCCUUAUUACCCAAAUGGGUUUCGAUGAUGGCUGUAACACAGGUCUUGUGCUGGGGUUGGGUUUUACAGCAACAGCAGCCGCCCUUGAUCAGACUCCAUUAAAGCCAUGUACUACUACCGAUCAUGAUCAGAGGUCUAAGAAGACCUGCAUGAGGUUCGGUCCUUUGGCCGCCGCGCCUACAAGUUUUGAGCCGUCUCUGACGUUGAGUCUCUCUGGUGAGACUUAUCAAGUGACCGGAAAGAUGGAUAUGAAUAAGGUUUGUGAGGAGGCUGCUGCUGAUUUGUAUCGUCAACCUUCUCCUCACAGCACGGUUUCUUCCUUCUCGAAUGCUAGUGUCAAGAGGGAGAGAGAUCUUGGCAGCGAGGAGGUAGAGAUUGAGAGACUUUCUUCAAGAGUCAGCGAUGAAGAUGAAGAUGGAAGCAAUGGGAGGAAGAAACUAAGGCUCACCAAAGAACAAUCUGCUCUUUUAGAGGAAAGCUUCAAACAACACAGCACUCUUAAUCCACAGAAGCAAAAGCAAGCUUUAGCAAAGCAAUUAAAUCUACGACCUCGACAAGUUGAAGUAUGGUUCCAGAACAGGAGAGCCAGGACAAAGCUGAAGCAAACUGAAGUAGACUGCGAAUUCUUGAAGAAGUGCUGCGAAUCACUAACAGAUGAAAAUAGAAGACUGCAGAAGGAGCUACAAGAACUGAAAGCACUGAAACUAGCGCAGCCCUUGUACAUGCAGCUGCCGGCGGCCACCCUCACCAUGUGCCCCUCGUGUGAGAGGAUCGGGGGCGUCCCCGACGGCGCUUCCAAAAGCCCAUUUACAAUGGCUCCUAAGCCCCACUUCUACAAUCCCUUCACCAAUCCUUCUGCUGCCUGCUAAGUUGUUAGGAUUAGAAAAAGGAGACUCCCACAACCCCUCUUUUUUUUGGUUAAGGGCUUCUAGUAGAAGAUUAAUGUAAUUAAUUUGUAGAAAAUAGAAUUUACUAAUCAAUCUCGUUCUCUUUUUAUAUAUCAUAUAUAUAUAUAUGUUUGUAAAUCAAUAAACAGUAUAGAUAUCUAUGAA